AUGUCGCUGCUUAGAAUCAUUCCCAUAAUCAUACUUAUGCGGAUAGUUUUGUGUAUACCUGACACAACCAUAUUACAAUUGAGUGCUGAACUUAAUAUAAAAAUCCAAAUUUACAUCGGCUUCGGAAAGGAAUCAAAUGAUUUUCCAGGUUCAGAUGACAAUUACCCGAAACUGGUAAUACUUCGGAACAUUAGUGAGGAGUUUAAAACCUAUCACGACGAGCCUGUGCUUCUUAUAAUACGACUUGAAAGGGAUUUGGAUUCGAAUUUGGCCACAUUGGAUGUGCUGAGAUCCUAUCUCAUGGAUAGGCAAUACAAUGAUAUACUACUGAUAGAUAAAGAUAAAGAAAAUGUACACAGUUAUAUGGAUAUAUGCAAAGCUUACUGGAAUGCAGGCUUUUCACACUUGCUUAUUUAUAAUUCGCAGGACCAACUUUGGUCAAUAAAUCCCUAUCCUUACUUGCAGAUAAGGCCUACAAACUUGAAGGAGUAUAUAAAGAACAGGUAUAAUCGCAACUUGAUGGGUUAUCCACUGCGUGUCUUAGUGACCAACGAUCCGCCUCAUUGCUUUGUGGAUGAAGAUGAACUACCGAAUUCCCCGAGUCGUUAUAAAGGCAGUAUUGUCACAAUGUUGAAGCUAUUUGCCGAUCAGCUCAAUGCCACUUUUCAAGCGAAUCCUUUUCGCGGGUUUCAACGCUAUUCCACCGCGCAAUGUGUGCAGAUGGUCAGCAAUGAUGAAAUCGACGCCUGUGGCAGUAUCUUCAUAAGGACCUACAUGUACGCCACCAGUCAGCCAGUUCGCUUGAAUCGUGUGGUUAUAAUGGCGCCAUUUGGCAACGCCAUCGAGAAGUUCUACUACUUCUUCAGGCCCUUUGACUUGUACGUCUGGAUCGGAACUGGCAUAAUCGUGGUCUAUAUAGCGCUAAUGGGUUCCUUGCUUCAUCGCCUGCAUUUCGGGGCAUGGGAUGUGGGUCAGUACCUCCUGCUGGCCGUGCAAACUCUGCUGAACCGGGCACUAUCUUUGCCGCAAUCUCCGAGAGGCUCCAAAUUGCUGUUGCUGCUCCUGCUAUUUGCCAUUGGAUUUGUAUUGUCCAAUUUGUAUGUGGCGCUGCUGUCCAUGAUGCUGACCACCAAACUGUACCAGAGACCCAUUGAAAACGUGGCCGACUUGAAGGCGGCCAAUGUGAGCAUACUACUCCAGACGCACAAUAUCAGACCCAAUUCAGUUUACGGAAGCUCGGAGGAGCUGAGGGAGAGAUUCCUUCUGGUCGAGGAGUCCCUACACCUGGAGAAGAGAAAUGGCUUGGAUCCAAGCUACGCCUAUGUGGACUCGGAAGACAGAAUGGAUUUCUACCUAUACCAACAGAAAUUCCUUCGCAGACGCCGGAUGCAGAAGUUAUCCAAUCCCGUUGGCUACACCUGGGCCGUUCAGGUCAUCAAGCAAAACUGGGUCCUGGAAAAACACUACAAUGAUCAUGUGCAGCGCUUGUUCGAGACCGGAUUGCAGAACAAACUGGUGGAUGAUGUGCACGAGUUGGCCGUAAAGGCUGGCUUCCUGCACUUCUUGCCCACCCAAACCCAAACCAUCGAACCACUGCGACUCGAGGACAUAGUGAUGGCUGCCAUGGUCUUGGGCGGCGGACACGCCCUCGCCGGGAUCUGUUUCCUGGUCGAGCUGUUCGCCUAA